AUGGGUACUACAUCUGAAUUGCAAAGUUUAGAUAAACUUGUGAGUAAUUCCCUCUCAGGUCAGGACUUACAGGAAUUUAAUAGGAUUCAUUAUGGAAGAAUAUCUAAUCAUGAAUUAGAAAUAAAGAAAAAUAAUAUAUUAUUUGGCAAUGAAAACCACUUUGAAAUUGCCGCUUAUAAAUUCCCUGCAAAUAAAGAAGAAACUAGAAAACCCCGUAUUGUUAAAGUAGGUGUAAUUCAAAAUUCCAUAGCAAUACCUACAGAUCAACCAGUAACUAAGCAAAGGUGUGCAAUAUUUGAAAAAAUUCGAAAGAUAAUAGAAACUGCGGCUGAUGAAGGUGUAAACAUUCUCUGUUUACAAGAAGCUUGGAGUAUGCCAUUUGCAUUUUGCACUAGGGAAAAGCAACCCUGGUGUGAAUUUGCAGAAUCAGCUCUUGAAGGACCCAGUACCAUAUUCCUCAAAGAAUUUGCUGUCAAAUAUGGUAUGGUAAUCAUUUCCCCAAUAUUGGAAAGAGAUGAAGUUCAUGGUGAUACAAUUUGGAAUACUGCUGUUGUUAUAAAUGAAAUGGGUAAAGUUAUAGGAAAACAUAGAAAAAAUCAUAUACCUCGUGUAGGUGAUUUUAAUGAAUCCACCUAUUAUUUUGAAGGUAACACAGGACAUCCAGUUUUUGAAACUUCAUUUGGCAAAGUAGCGGUUAAUAUUUGCUAUGGACGCCAUCAUCCUCUUAAUUGGCUAAUGUUUGGUAUUAAUGGAGCUGAAAUUGUCUUUAACCCUUCUGCCACUGUUGCAGGCCUUAGUGAACACUUAUGGGCUGUAGAAGCACGAAAUGCUGCAAUAGCCAAUAGUUAUUUUACAUGUGCCAUAAACAGAGUGGGAACAGAAAAGUUCCCAAAUGAGUUCACAUCUGGAGAUGGGAAACCAGCUCAUAAAGAAUUUGGUCAUUUUUAUGGCUCUAGUUAUGUUACAGCACCAGAUGGGUCCAGAACUCCUGGAUUAUCAAGAGUAAUGGAUGGAUUGCUUAUAGCAGAACUUGACUUAAAUUUGUGUCGUCAGAUUAAAGAUAAAUGGGGUUUUGGUAUGACACAACGUUUGGAUUUAUAUGUCAGUAGCCUUAGUAAAGCUGUAAAUCAUGACUAUGAACCUCAAGUAGUUCCACGGGACUAA